ACUGAAUUUUGUGAAGGACAUUCUAUUGAUGUGCCUAAUAUGGAGAAUUUUGUUCAUGGUCGAUCUCGAAAAAGGCUUAAGGGUGGAGAACCAAUGACAUAUCUUCAUCAUUUUCGGAUCGAUAUCUUCAUAAAGGUAAUUGAUGUUAUUGCAAUGGAAAUGGAUAAACACUUCACUGAGGCAAAUACAGAGCUACUUAGAUGUGUGAUGUGUUUGGAUCCUUCAAAUUCUUUUGCAAAUUUUGAUCAUGUCCGCUUAUUGCAACUAGCUAAGUUGUAUUCAGAUGAUUUUAGUUCCACUGAUAUAAUUGAGCUUGACCAUCAACUUCAAAAUUAUAUCUGUGAUAUGAGAUCAAAUGAGAUAUUCUCAAAUAUUUCCAAUCUUGGAGAUCUUGCAAAGAAGAUGGUGGAGAUAAAUUACCACACUUAUUUCCCUUUAGUCUACCGACUAAUCGAGUUAGCUUUGAUAUUGCCGGUUGGAACAGCUAGUGUGGAAAGAACUUUUUCAGCGAUGAAUGUGGUGAAGACUGAUUUACGCAACCGAUUAGGAGAUGACUUACUAUCAGACUGUUUGGUGUGUUACUUUGAGAAAGAAAUUUUUAGGAGUAUCGAUGAUGAAGUGAUUAUGCAAUCUUUUCAAAACUUGGCGUCUAGAAGAAACCAAUUGCGACCACUAAAAAUUCGUCGACCAAAUCCUUGUUAGAUGUAUAAAUAAUAGAUUUAUUUUGUUCGGUGAAAAAUAUUGGAUUUGUUAUCUAUAAAAUUAUAUUGGAUCUAUUGUGUUGGAUAAACAUGUUAAAUUAUUUGGAAAAUGUCCAUAUUUUAGGGAUG